AUGGUAUCCAAGAUGGACGCUGCUCUCGGAGCAGAAGACUUUGACGCUGAGGGUGCGAGAUACAAACGACAAAGAAUGUCCCUUCCCUCCCCAGCACCUACCGUUGUGUCGGACCCCUUCGAUGCGGUCACCGCUAGCACGAAAUCAGAAUUACCGUUACGACCCUCUACCAUCGACGAGUAUUCAAUCCACACGCAGCAACAAUGUCGCAUCUUCCAACUUCCCUACGAACUCCGGGAAAUGAUAUACGGCAUGGUCUGCGUCAACGACGGGGUGACAGCAGUCAUGCGCAAGAGUACAACUCGUAACGCAAGUCAAGAUUCAGCCAAGGAACCAGCAUUCCUGCGAAGCUGCAGACUAGCGCGCUUCGAAGGUACACCCAUCUUCUACCAAGAAAACGACUUUGUCGUAAGGAGACGCGAUUCAAUCAACUUCCACCCGAGGCCAAUUGUCGAUGCACCUAUCGCAUAUCCCUACAGCUCUUUCAAUACUGGAGUUCCCAGAUGGUUGGACAACAUGAGCAGCGACAAGAUUGGAAAGAUCCAAACCGUGGUACUUGUACAAAUUGCGCGUGGAGUGUACAAAGAUGCAUACAAUGAAUGGCAUCGUGAUGCAAGCGCUUGCUUCCGCCUCAGGUACUCGAAGAGAAGAGACAGUGGCUAUGAAAUCGAAUACAUCCGGGUCGACACGAGUGGACGGUCAGACAAGUACGCCGAAAGACUUCGAGAAGCGCUCGAAAUGCGAAUGGACAAAUUGGUGAAAGACUUGGGUAUCAAGCAGUGGAACAGGCAGUCGAUUUGGGACAUGGCGUAUCUUCUGUAA